UUGUGCCGGGAGGUGCGGGCGCCGCCGUUGCUCCGAGCCGGAGCCAUGCGGGAGGCGGGCAGCCUGUGCCUGGCGCUCCUGCUCCCGGUGGUGGCCGGGCUGGAGUUCAGCUAUCACCACAGCGAGCAGCUGGAGACCUUCCUGAAGGAGGUGCACCAGCAGCACCCCUCCAUCACCGCCCUGCGCAGCAUCGGGCGGUCCGUGGCAGGUAGAGACCUGUGGGUUCUUGUUGUGGGAAGGUUUCCAACCCAACAUACCAUUGGCAUACCAGAGUUCAAGUAUAUUGCUAAUAUGCAUGGGGAUGAGACAGUUGGGAGGGAGCUGCUGCUCCAUUUGAUAGACUUCCUGGUGACCAAUGAUCAGAGCGAUCCAGUCGUUACAAGGCUAAUCAAUAGCACGCGGAUUCAUAUCAUGCCAUCAAUGAACCCGGAUGGAUUUGAAGCUACAACAGUGCAUGACUGUUAUUACUCAGAAGGAAGGUUCAAUAAGAAUGGGGAAGAUCUGAAUAGGAAUUUCCCUGAUGUCUUCAACAGUAACAAUGUCACAAUCCAGCCAGAGACUCAAGCAGUGAUAAAUUGGAUACAAAAUGAGACAUUUGUUCUUUCAGCUAACUUGCAUGGUGGAGCACUGGUUGCCAGUUAUACAUUUGAUAAUGGUAACCCAGCUACUGGAUUUUUACAAGGCUAUAGCAGAUCACGAGAUGAUGAUGUUUUCAUACACCUUGCAAGAACCUACUCUUCCAACCAUGCCAGCAUGUACAAAGGGAAUGAAUGUGGGAAUAAACCAGUCUUUCCAUAUGGCAUUACAAAUGGGUAUGCUUGGUAUCAACUGAAAGGUGGGAUGCAGGAUUACAACUACAUCUGGGGACAAUGUUUUGAAAUUACGUUGGAGUUGUCAUGCUGUAAAUAUCCACCAGCAAGUCAACUUCAGGCCUUCUGGAAUGACAACAAAGCUGCUUUGAUUGAAUACAUUAAACAAGUUCAUCUCGGUGUAAAAGGUCAAGUUCUUGACAGGCAUGGACAGCCUAUACCAAAUGUAAUAGUGGAAGCCAAAGGAAGGGAACAUAUCUGUCCGUAUAGAACCAAUCGACAUGGAGAAUAUUACCUUCUCCUCCUGCCUGGAAGCUAUGUGCUUAAUGCUACAGCACCCGGAUCUGGAUCAAUACUAAAGACACUGCUAGUACCAAACAGUCCUGAAAACUUCAGUGCUUUGAAAUAUGACUUUGUUUUCCCAGAGGUCUCCACCCUAGCAAGAGAUGCUUCAUGCCCUAUCAAACCUCUUUAUCAGGAUUUUGAAAGCAUUUCAGCAGCAGUAAAACCUACUUUGCAUUUCUUGGCUUUAAUGACUGUUUUGUAUACAGUUUUCAAAUAAAGCCAUGGAUGAAUUAGGUGAGACUUGAAGACAUUAUCUCUAGCACAUCAAUGCACAAAUGUGUUUAAGAGCUAAAAGUUGUAUUUGCAAAAGUGUGUAUAUUGUAUAAUUGAAUACCUAAGAUUUUUUUUA